AUGAACCUCGAGAGUCUGGAGUCGCGGCUCAAGGAGAAGUACGGCAACUCACUCAUCACACACAGGGACGUCCUCUCCGCGGCCCUCUACCCCAAGGUGUUUGAGGAGUACAUGAGCCACGUCAUGCGGUACAGCAACCUGGUUGAGAAGCUACCCACGAGGGCCUUCCUGGUGCCACUGGCGGAGGACGAGGACGUCGAGAUUGAGCUGGCCAAGGGUGUCGGCACCCACAUCAAGCUCAAGGCGGCCGGGGAGCUGCAGCCCUCCGGCAGGAGGGAGGUCUUCUUCGAGGCCAACGGCGUGCCCAGGGUGGUGGAGGUGGCCGACACGCGCACCGCGGACGCCCUGGUCAAGAAGGCAGUCAGGGAGAAGUCCGACACCUCUAUCCUGGGGAGCGUCGGCGCCCCCAUGGCCGGCAGCGUGAUCGAGGUCUCGGUCAAACCCGGUCAAGGCGUGCACGCGGGGCAGCAGCUGGUGGUGAUGAGCGCCAUGAAGAUGGAGACCGCGGUGUGCGCCCCCUGCGCGGGCGUGGUGACGCAGGUGCGCCUUGCUUAUGGUCGUGUGCUGCCGGAUGGGGGGUCACCGGGGGGCAAUGAGGGGUGCCAGAAUGAGUCGUGGCGCUGA